AUGGAUGAUAGCAAUGAUGAUUUUGAUGACGAUUUUAAAUUUGAAGAGGAUGAUGAUAUAGAUAUUGAUAUUAUAGAUGCACCACCUUCAAUAAAUAGAUCAAACAAAGUUGAUGACUCUUUUUAUGUCCCCUUAAAUAAAGAAAUUAAAUUAUCUUUAUUGAUAAGUCAAAAAGAAUCAUUAAUAAAGUAUUUAAAUAAUAUAAAUGUAAAUAGCGAAUUGGUAAACCUUUUAAAUGAAAAUAUUAAUUUAAUAAUAUCAAACGAAUUAGAAAAUAAUACAAGUAAUAAUAAUAAUAAUAAUAAUAAUAAUAAUAAUAAUAAUAAUAAUAAUAAUAAUAAUAAUAAUAAUAAUAAUAAUAAUGAAAAAAAACAAAUUUCAGUUAAUCAAACAGUAAAUGCUGAAGGAAAUUAUAUAAAGAAUACUCAGGCAUUUCUUUCAGAAUCAGUUUCAUUAUAUCAUAAAAUCAAUCAAAAAGAUUCAAUUAUAAAUAAUAGGGAGUUUAUGUCAUCAAAGGAUAAAUACAGAGUUAAAAGAUUUAAAAAAGUUGGUGAGGAACCAAAGAUAGCAAUACCUACUCCUUCGUUGGCCCAAGGCGAUUUUAUACAAAUUACAGCACCAAAGGAAGAAAUUGAAAAAAGGGUUAGAUUAUUCAACUCAUUAAAAAAGAGUGAAAAUGGAAAAUAUAAUAUAAUUGAGUUCAUAGAGGAGCCAGAUGACAUUGGUAUGAAUAUUAAUAAUGGCAGUAGCGGUGCAAGUGGCAGUAAUAAUGGUAGUAAUGACAACACCAACCAAUCUAACAUAUCAUCCUCAAGAACAUCUGCAGUACCACCAUCAAAAAUGAAAAUUUCAAAAACAUAUAAUUUAUCAGGACCUUUGGAUCAUCAAGCUACAGACACUAUGAAUAUUCAGCAACCAUAUAUUGACGAAAGAUUAUCAAUUUUAGAAAACCAUCUUAAAUUAGUUGUGCCUCCAGUCCCGUUGGAAAUUUAUCAACGUGUAAAAUUAAUUGAACAAAAAAUGUUGUAUUUAGAAGAAAAAAAUCCAAUAAUAUUUAGAGAUUUAUAUGCUGAAAUGUCAAGAAAUUCAACUGUAGAUCAUUCAUCAUCAUUGUCAUCAUCAACAACAUCGAAACCAAUAAAUAAAUAA